UUCAGGAGGCGUGUGGAGCAUCGCGUGGAGAAUGCGCGCACCUUGGAGACGUCCAGCGCGUCCAUGAAGGAAACGAUGGAGACAUGGCAAGCACAGUUCUCCAUAUCUUGAAGCCAAUGAAUUAAAACACUUGUGUUACAUUCUCAAGAGCUUUAAAAACUGCGGGAUCCUGUCUUUGAGAGAAGCGUGUUCUUCUGUAGCUGACGAAAAUGGAUCUUUCCCCAACAAGGCAGCAGUAUGGCUCGAAAAAGAGGGUUAAAAUACACCCCAACACAGUCACGGUAAAAUAUGACACGCAUUUUCCCCAGCCGGGCGACGAAGGAUACGAUGACGCUCCAUCUUUUGAGGACUUCGGCUCAUUCAUGGACAAUAACCCCAAUAAGAGACUGGUGUCAGAGAGCGGUCAUGGCAGGACUUUAUUUGGCACUAUAGAUUCUUGCCCCAAACCCGAUCAGAAAGAUAAAGGUGUGGGUGGCCAGCUUGCAAGCUUUGGCGAGGCCUCUGUCUUAGCCUCGCGUGUCACUUGGGGUGCCCUUUUUGGAGCAGCCAUUGCUCACGGCUGUGUGGCCCUCAUUACACGCCUGGCAGCAGACCGCUCCAAUGUGCCAUCAUUAGAGCUCAUCUUCAUCCGCUCUGUGAUUCAAGUUUUGUCCGUACUGGUGGUCCUCUACUACAAAGAGGCUCCCUUUGGGCCUAAGGGCUAUCGAUUGCGUUUGUUCUUCUAUGGGAUUUGCAACGUCAUCUCCAUCACGUGUGCAUACACAUCCUUCGCAAUUGUUCCGCCAAGUAAUGGCACCAUCAUGUGGCGGGCAACCACCACAGUUUUCAGCGCCAUUCUGGCCUUCUUGCUCCUAGACGAACGUCUCGGUUACACCGACGUAGUGACAGUUGUGGGUAGUCUCUUCGGUCUUUGUCUAGUCAUGAUCCCCAACAUCGCAGAUGAGGAGAAGACCCCUCUGAGUUUCUGGAAAGAAGCCUUUGGGUAUACCAUGACUGUAAUGGCGGGUCUUACCGCAGCCUUGUCCAUGAUAGUGUACCGAGCCAUCAAAGAGCGCGUUAGCAUGUGGACAGCGCUCUUCACGUUUGGCUGGACGGGAACCGUGUGGGGGGCAUCCACUAUGUUCAUCAUGCAAGAACCCAUCAUUCCGUUGGACGGAGAGACCUGGGGGUACCUCAUUGGAAUCUGUAUCUGCUCAACCGUGGCAUUCCUGGGUGUCUACUAUGCUCUCAACAAGUUCCAUCCAGCUUUGGUCAGCACCGUGCAACAUCUGGAGAUAGUGGUAGCCAUGCUUCUUCAGCUUAUUGUGUUACGAAUGAUCCCCUCAAUCUACGAUGUCUUCGGAGCUCUGGUUAUCAUGGCCAGCGUGUUUGUUCUAACAGGUCUGAAGCUCUACAGGGUUGGCAGGGCCAUUCGAAAGGAUUACCAGGAGAUCUUGGACUCGCCAAUCAAAUGAGUGCAUCAAUGUGUGUGUGUUCUUGAGUGCAUGAGGGGGCAUGUAUAUGUGCGUGUGCGUGCAGUGUUUUCCAGCCUCCUUUCUAAGAAAUGUGCAAUCAAUGAAUGUCUGGAUCUGUGUUUAUUUUCAAUUGUGUUGUUGGAAGAGUGCCAUUGGUGUAAUGUCUUUGCUAUCUGUUGAUGUGUGAAAAUAAAAACAAUGAUCCAUAGUGCCCCUCUCUGAUAGCAUUGAUUUUUCCUGUGCCAUUAAAACAAGAAUAAGAUGCAGUAGCCUGUAUAGAGUGGAUAAGCCUAAAUCUAUAAAUAGCGGGAUGCCGGGACCAGAUACCAUUGCAAAUAUACCAGACUGUAGAGUUCCAAUUUAAGGCGCACACUUAAAGUUGGAUUUAUUACCUUUUUGUGUUUUAUAAUCCUGAAAUGUUAUAACUCAAUCAAUCAAUCAACAGCAUUUGUGGCAUAAUGUUGAUUUCUACAACAACAACAAAAAUUGACUUGUCUCUCUUUAAUUUUAAAGAAAGAGAGAGAGCAAAAAUAGUGGUUACAGUAAGGCACUUACAAUGAAAGUAAAGUCAUUCACUUCCAUUGUAAAUGCUUUACUGAAACCAUGUUUUUUAACAAACGAGGUGCAAGUCGGAAUCAUUUUCAACACUAUGCUGCAAAUGCUGUUGAUUGAGCUCAACUUGUAUUGAACAGGAACAUUCAUUUAACAAAAAUGUCCUUGAAAUUAGGACAUUGAAAAAGAUUACAGUUACGUACUUAUCAUAUUAAGCAAAUAAUACAAUGUACAAAAAGCCUGUUUAUUCUCAUUUAAAGUGAAUCUGUAUUUAGUUUGGUUUGUGUUUUGGUUCGCAUCUGUCACUUGGCUUUCAGCAAGUGACACAUAAACUAAGGAUAAUAGCUGGACUCUAUAGGCGCUGUGCAGGUUUUUUGCACCAUAAAAACCUCUUAAACUCUGACCUAUGGGGCAGUGGUGGCUCAGUUGAGGCUCAGGGUUACUGACCAGAAGGUCAGGGGUUCAAGCCCAAGCACCACCAAGAAGCCACUGUUGGGCCCUUGAGCAAGGCCCUUAACCCUAUCUGCUCCAGGGGUGCUGUACCAUGGCUGACCCUGCACUCUGACCCCAGCUGGGAUAUGUGAAAAAUAAUAAAUUUCACUGUAUAUAUGCAACAAACUGUAUGUAU